GAUGGAGAACGAAUCCUUCAGCGUCAGCUAUAAGUUAACCCUGGACCCAUUUUUUAUUCCACCUGGUGGAAAGUAUCCCAUCUUUUUCCUGGGCAUUGCUAUCUAUUCAUUUUGUGCGUUCUGCAACCUGACCUUACUGUCCGUCAUCGUCAUGCAAAGGAACCUUCACAAACCCAUGUAUUUUAUUCUCUUCAGUCUUCCUCUCAACGAUCUGAUAGGAAUCACUGCGAUGCUCCCAAAGGUGCUGUCAGACAUUGUGACUGAGACAAACACGGUCUUUUACCCCCUCUGUGUUAUUCAGGGGUUUCUGCUCCACAUGUACGGAGGCGCGGUUCUCUUUAUUCUUGCGGCUAUGGCCUUUGAUCGUUAUGUUGCCAUCUGCCAGCCGUUGAGGUACAGUACUAUAAUGACACCAAGGAAUGUGGCGGUCAUUAUUUUACUGGUUUGGGGUCUUGACCUCCUCUUGAUCCUACUGCUGUUCUCUCUGCAGAUAAAGCUUCCCCGGUGUAGAUCCUCCAUAAUGAAUGUGUUUUGUGAUAACCCCUCCCUUCUUAAACUCACCUGUGGUAAUACUACACUGAAUAAUGUCAUAGGACUGUUUAACACUGCAGUCAUGCAGGUUAUAAGUGUGUCCAUUCAGAUUUUUUCCUAUGUGAAGAUUCUGAUCACUUGCUUGGUUACAAGAAAGUCUGACGCUAAGAGUAAGGCUUUGAACACCUGUGUGGCACAGUUGGUCAUAUUCUUCAUAUUUGAGGUUGUAGGAACCUUCACAAUUUUAUCACACAGAUUCAAGAUUGUCUCAGCUGACUUGCAAAAGAUUAUGGGCAUGCUCAUCUUUCUAGUAUCUCCACUUAUGAAUCCAAUUGUAUACGGGCUGAAUGCAAGUGAAAUACGAAAAACCCUACUGAAAGUAUUUCUCAACAAAGUAUCAGUCUGAACCAAUUAUAAACAUGGUGUGAUGAUGGUGGUUUACGGUAACAAUUUAGCCAGAUGUGGGGCAGUGUAUUGUUUCUGCACAGAACACAUGAAACGAAUAGUUACGUAAUACUUCCUAUUGGUAGUUCAUCACUAUUUCUGUGCUUUGUAUUGGUAAGCAAUUCACAUUAUAAACGUUGUGGUUCGAGCCCUGAAUGCUGAUAUACCAUGGCUGAAGGUUGUGUUAUAUCAAACCGUAUACCACAGG